AUUCCCCUCGUUCUUCCCACUCAUCUUGGGCUCCUCGUCUGUCUCUAAAGUCACUCCACACCACACCACCUCACACAUACAUAACUCUUGUUGGCCCAACCAACUACCUAAAUCUUUCUAUUUUCUACAUACCUCGGUGCAAUCGUUCCGCUUCUUAAGCUUCUUCUAUUACGUUGGACCACAAUCUAUCCGACGCCUUGUCUCCGGCAUUACUACCUGACAGGUAAAUCCUAACGAGCAGAUCAACUCGUUCCGAAUCUCUACCAUUUCAACAUCCCAGCUCGAUUCUGUCAACAUGAAGGGCCGCCCAGUCGACGAACUCGUUUACGAGUGCAUGUUCCCAAAGCCCCGAAGCAGCGAUCCCCAGAACUUCCAUACUCUCCUUCACCGCAGCAUCAUCCCGGAGGUCCGCUCGGAAGUCCAUUCUUUCUAUGGACAUCUUGACACUCAAGAAGCCAAGUAUCCUGGCCUAGACUAUACUCAUCGUAUCCAUCGCAUACGACUUAGCCGCUGGCCGUGGCAUCGUCGUCUAUUUCGGGCGUUUGAUGCCCUGCGCCUGACCGACUCCGAAAUCGCAAGCUUAACAAAAUGGGAAGGUACAAAGUGGGCAAAGGAACGCUUCGAGCGUGAUUCCGGGAUCGUCAUUAAAGAUACUGCGUUUGACGAUAUUGCGGAGUGGGUUGAGCCUGAAGACAGGCCACAAACAGCACGCGCAACGCAGGCCGCGACCGUAUCGCAGGCCGCGGCGACGCCAGACGAGGAGGACGUGGAUGGCGAACAGGAAGAAGACGAAGACGAAGAAGAGGACAGUGAUGGUGAACUAACUAGCGUCGGAAUCCCUCUGAACGAGCAACUCCGCGAAAGAGCAGCACGCCACGAGGCCGGCGAUACCUCGCUGCCACUAGAUGAGGAGUGGGAACAGUGGUUGAAGAAUGCAAUCGAGGCCGGCGAAUUUCCCUUCCUCACGGAGCAGAUGGUUCGAGAAUCCAAUGUGGCUCUCAUACCGCAAGCACUCUUUCCACCGGGGAUGCUAAGUGCAGCACGAGCUGGUCGUUGGCAGGAGAUCCCAGACUUCCUCCAUUCGGUCCUCCGAUAUGCCUUAGACAAUGAAACACCGAAUCAAGACAAUACCUCUACUUCUGAAGAGCGUUCUUCUGUACGUUCCUUGCAAAGCUACCUCUCCGGUAAUAGACGGAAUUUGCGCCGCAACUAUUCAGGUCUGCGGCUCCCGGCUAGCGAAGCUAGUGUCGCCACCUCAGAAGUUCGUCUGCAGCGAACAACCCAGUCAGGCACCCAGACCUAUAUUACUCUUCCUUAAGAAGUCAUCACUGAGACCAUAGCACCGGUAUUCGAGGUGGUAACGGUGGAAAGAAGUACAAAAUUAUUCGAUACCCCUUCAACUAGAUUCUUUCAGCUU